GAAGCAUGCUGCGUUUACAUAGCCCCGAGUCGGACAUCAUCGGACAUUUCCAGUCGAUGCAUCAGUGCCAUCAAGGCAGCAAUGGAUUCAAAUAACUGGGCUGAGUACAGAUACCCAGGGUAGACACUAGCACAAUUACACAAAAUAUUUCACACGCGUUUCUUUGUCGCCUCGCUAUGCCAUCCCCACACUUUUCCAGCGUCCUUGUUUUCGGCGCCACUGGCGAAGUCGGCUCCGCCGCUGCCCUCGAGGCCCACGCCCGCGGCGCCCGCGUCACCCUGGCAAUGCGAGACGUCGCCAAGCCCAAUGAGUGGAUCUCCUCCGAGCAGGAGCGUGCUGCUGGCUUACAGCGGAUCACCGCCGACCUGACCAACCCCGAGGCCGUGACACGGGCCGUGCAUCAGACUGGCGCCCAGGCGGCCUUCAUCUAUGCCGUACGCUCCAAUGACAUGAUGCGCGGAGCCCUCACCGCGCUCCGGGAUGCUGGCAUUCAGCACGUUGUGUUCCUGUCAACCGCACAGGUCAAGAACGCGGGCGCCACCAAGGGCGACAUCCGCUCCAUCCAGCGCGACCACUUUAUCCCCUGGCAGCACGCGCAGAUUGAGGUAGGGCUGGAGGAGAUCGGGAUGCCGCACACAGCGCUGCGAGCGGGGUUUUUCGCCAGCAAUCCGCUACGGAUCUAUCUUGAUAGGUCUGCGGAGCCGAAACAGGUUAAUCUGCUAGCGCCAGAGGUGCUCCAUGAUCCUAUCGACCCGGCGGAUAUCGGCAGGGUGGCUGGUGCCAUACUCGUCAACCCGCAACAGUACGCUAGCGGCCACCAAGUUACGAAUGGGUCGACUCCCGGCAAGAAUGUCAUCUAUCUCAACGGGCCGGCGCUACUGUCCCAGGCUGAGCAGUGGGACAUCAUCAACCGGGAGCUCGCUGCGGCGGGGAAGUCCCCGGUCAAGGUCAACCACAUCACUAUCGAGCAGUACCUCAAAAACCUGGCUGCGCUGAAUGUCCCGGAAGUGGUGGCCAAGUCCCUGGCUAAAUCUAUGGUAGAGACAAGGGCGCUGUACGCGGCCGAGGACUUCGAGAAGGAGAGGAGCAAUGUCGGCCUCCUGACCGGCCGGGAGGCUACGAGCUUUGUGGAUUUUGUUAAGAGGGAAAUUCCAAAAUACUUCUAGGAGUGAGUUCCGGAGAAAUCUUAGUCUGGGAUGUAUUGGAGGGGUCGCAUACAUUUAUUAGCAUUCAUUCUUAUAGAGAUACAGCAGCAAGUCCUCAUUUCAUUUCAUUUCAUUUUGUUUUAUCUAGCUUGUCAAGUAAUGAUUUUAUCUAAGUGUUGCCAUCCGAUAUUCAAGUCCGUUAUCCCCGCUCGCC